AAUGGACGAGCGGCGCGCGGCAAGUGUCAGCCAAUGGGAGAGAGAGUGGCAGGAUGGCGCAGAAGGAGAACGUGAACCCAAACUUAUCCCGCCUGGCCAAGUGCGGGGCGCUGGCCCCUCCGGCCCACCAGCCGGUGCGCUGUAAGGACCCGUCCGCUUCCGACCCCCCCUCCUCCGAGCCGGCCCUGCUCCCGAAAGCCGCCGGCCUGGCCCCCGGCAAGCCCAGGGCCCUGCCAGGAGUCGAGCAGGUGCCCUUGGAGCCCACUGCCCUGCCAGCCUCUCUUCCACCCCAACGGACCUUCACUCUGGAUGACUUUGAGAUUGGGCGGCCGCUGGGGAAGGGCAAGUUCGGGAGCGUCUACCUGGCACGGGAGCGGACCACGAAAUUCUUGGUGGCCCUGAAGGUCCUCUUCAAGUCCCAGGUGGAGAAGGAAGGGGUGGAGCACCAGCUGCGGCGAGAGAUCGAGAUCAUGGCCCACCUACAGCACCCCAACAUACUGCGCCUCUACAACUACUUCCAUGAUGAGCGGCGGGUGUUCCUCAUCCUGGAGUACGCGCCCAGGGGGGAGCUCUACAAGGAGCUGCAGCGCCAAGGCCGCUUUGAUGCCACCCGCACCGCCACGCUGAUGGAGGAGAUGGCAGAUGCGCUGCUGUACUGCCAUGGGAAGAAGGUGAUUCACCGAGACAUCAAACCUGAGAACCUGCUGCUGGGGCUGAUGGGGGAGCUGAAGAUUGCCGACUUCGGGUGGUCUGUGCAUGCCCCCUCCCUCCGGCGGAGGACGCUGUGCGGAACGCUGGAUUACCUUCCCCCCGAGAUGGUGGAGGGGCGCGAGCAUGACGAGAAGGUGGAUCUGUGGUGCCUGGGGGUGCUCUGCUAUGAGCUGCUGGUUGGGCACCCCCCCUUUGAGAGUCCCUCCCAUGCUGAGACCUACCGCCGCAUCACCAAGGUGGACCUGCACUUCCCCCCCGCUGUGCCCGAGGGUGCUCGUGAUCUCAUCUCGCGCCUGCUGCGCCGCAGCCCGGCCCAGCGCCUGCCCCUGCGGGACGUGCUGCAGCACCCCUGGGUGCGCGCCCACUCCCGCCGGGUGCUGCCCCCCGCCUACGCGCCCCCCGCCGACCUCUGAGCCCCCACCCCAGCAACACUGACACUAUGUACACCUGUGCAUAGUAAACUGCAGAAUAAAAUCAACUUUUAAGUAUUAUUCUUUAA